AUGUUGGACGGCAAACAAGAUUUAGUUUACGAUAACCCCUCACAGCCCUUUGUCGGUGUGUGCUUUGUUCUCCUCGGAUGCGACUCCAUUAAGAAAGACAAGUUUCGGCGGAAGCUUUUAGAAGGUGGAGGGGUUGAUGCUGGUAAUUAUGAUCCGAACUGCACUCACGUGAUUGUUGACAAGCUUAUUUAUGAUGAUCCCAUAUGCAUUGCUGCACGUAGAAAUGGGAAGACGUUGGUGACUUGCCUAUGGAUUGAUCAUAGUUUUGAUGUGGGAAUGCCUGUCGAUUCCACCUCUGUCAUGUAUAGGCCUCCAAGAGAUUUGAACGGGAUUCCAGGUGCCAAUUCUCUGAUUGUUUGCUUGACUGGAUAUCAACGGCAGGACCGAGACGACAUCAUGACCAUGGUCAGCUUGAUGGGUGCAAAUUUUUCAAAGCCAUUGGUUGCUAACAAGGUUACUCAUCUGAUAUGCUACAAAUUUGAGGGGGAGAAAUAUCAGCUUGCCAAGAAAAUGAAGAAGAUAAAGCUUGUUAACCAUCGUUGGUUGGAAGAUUGUUUGAGGACUUGGGAACUUCUUCCUGAAGAUGAAUAUGAUAAGAGUGGGUAUGAAUUGGAGAUGAUGGAAGCUGAAGCCAAGGAUUCUGAUGAAGAGACAGAAGACAUGGCUACUAUGAAAGAUGCAGAAAGAAAGGUUGGCAGUGCUCUGAAUACACAAACAGAGAUGAAAAGUCCUUAUGAGUCAGUAGUGAAGCAGGAAGUCUCAAGAAACAGCUUAAAUUUAAGUGCAUCUAAAAGUUUGACAAAUAUUGGCAACAGCAAUGAGGUCCAAUCUACUCUUGGAAAGGAGGUGAACUUUGAUCAAUCUUUGUUUUCUAAAGAAACUCGUAAUAAGCAUCUUGAAAUGCUAGGCCCUUGCAGUGCCAGAAGUCCUGGAAAGAUAUCCUCUGAUGUGCCAUCGGGUACAAGGUUUCUUGAAAAACUUGAAAAUGACUUGGCUUCCUCAUCUAAAAGUGCUAAAAGGUCUCCUAAUACUGUCGUGUCAAAAUUAAGUGAGAAUAGUUAUUCCAGGAAAACUUCAGGGAAGCCUAGUCUCCUGCUAUUCUCUGAAAGAAUUGGAAGUAAUGCAGGAAAUACUUCUACCUCGAAUGCAGAUGAACUUAGAGCGAGUAGUGGUUUUAACAUGUCCUACUUGGAGAAGCACCAGGAUGGAGCUGGUUUUGAUAGAGUAAAAAUACCUUCAAAGAGACCUGCAUUGUUCCUUGACUGGGAGCAAACUACAACGUUGCCUGAGAAGAGGGAAAUGACAGUCUUGGAUGGUAGUUCCAAAUCAGUAAAGAUGAGCAAUGAUCCAAAAAUGGUAGUGGGAUAUGAAUCGUUGGCAAAGAGAACAGAAGGGUUGGUGUCUGAAUCUUUGGUUGGUAAUUCACAUGCGUUGGCUGGUCAUAUUUCUCCUGUACAUAAUUUGGGUGAGGAAGCUGAUUUGAACCCUAUGGAAGCUGUUAACAUUUAUAGAAUUGCCAUAUCAGGGGCUAGGCAAGAAUGCAGCGAGAAACCGAUGCAACAUACUUGCAAGGGAUUGGAAAUGAGGGGCUUGUCCUGCAAUUUGGAUGCAAAAGACCUUUGUUCGAGCAGAACAGAAAGAUCCACUGAUGUAGUUGAGAUGCAGCAAAGUAAUCUACAAAAUAUUGAACAAUCAUCUUCUAGAGCUAAUGUAUCAGAUGUGGAAAAAAUCAAUGUCCAGGUUGAUUUGGACUUUCCAAAGGAAGGACAUACUGGCCCUCUAUCAAAAUUACUUGGGAGAAAGAUGCUCGCGAAAAAGACAUCUGGUUCUAGAUCGAGUAUCAGUAAAGGAAACAUAACGAAACCUAAAGGUUCUAUCAGCCUUAAUAAAGUCGUCUCACCGAAUGAUUCUGCAAGGUAUUCAAUCGGAGCGGUAUCAAAGGAAGGCUAUGAGAAAGUUGCUAGUACUGAGAAGGUUCAGAUAGCUUGUACUGAUAAAGAUGGACAUGUGGAUGAUGAAACUGAAGCUCCAGAGGACAAUGAGGAACGUGAAUUUGAUGUGGCAGGUGACAAACAGAGGUCUACUGGAGUUGAAGUUCCUCAUUCAGAAAAUGUGCGUGCAGAUGAAAGGGUAGAUGUUACUGAUGUAGCCAAGCGAGCUGAUGGAACCGUUAAAGGAGUGAAGAAAAAGGAUGCAAAAUCUGGGGCAAAUGAAAAUGACACUGAAGUUAAUAAGGCCGUUUGUGACAACAAAACUGGAUUGAGCAAAUCAAGACCUGCAAAGGAUGCUGGAGAGAGAAAAGUAACCAGGGGAAAGAAGCAUAGUUUAACUAAAACUAAGACUAAGGCAUCUUUAGCAAUGGAAAAAUUGGAGAAUCCUCAGGAGGAUGCUCAGAAGGAUGGAUCCAACACCAAACAGGAUGAAGAGAAGACAGAGGCAGAUGACAAAGAAACUAUUUGUGGCACUGAAGUUAAUAAGUCUGUUUGUGGCAAGACAACUGGAUUGAGUGAAUCAACACUUGUAAAGGAUGCUGGAGAGAGAAAAGUAACCGAAGGAAAGAAGCAAAGUUUAACUAAAAGUAAGACUAAGGCAUCUUUAACGACAAACAAGUUGGAGAGACAUCCGGAGGAUGCUCAGAAGGAUGGAUCCAAUACCAAACAGGAUGAAGAGAAGAAAGAGGCUGAUGACAAAGAAACUAUUUCUUUGGCUGAUAAAACCAAGGCAAGAACACUGAAAAUGGAUGCAAAAUCUGGGGCAAAUGAAAAUGACGCUGAAAUUAAUAACUCUUUUGGUGGCAAGAAAACUGGAUUGAGUGAAUCAAGAUCUGUAGAGGAUGCUAGAGAGGGAAAAGUAACCAAGAGAAAGAAGCAUAGUUUAACUAAAACUAAGAAUAAGGCGUCUUUAAUGACAGAAAUGUUGGAGAGUCUUCAGGAUGAUGCUCAGAAGGAUGGAUCCAACACCAAACAGAAUGUAGAGAAGACACAGGCAGAUGAUGAAGAAACUAUCUCCUUGAUUGAUAAAACCAAGGCAAGACCAUCCAAGAAGUUAAAAUGCUCUAUAAAUGUAGAGAAGGAAAAUGAAACUGUUACUGUUGGGGGUCAAAAUGUGAGCAUGGAUACAAAAGCAGCUGGGGAAUUGGCGCUUGGAUCUUCUAAAAAGCCUCUGAAAAGUGGGAUGAACAUAGCUCACUCAGAUUCAGUCGUAAAGGCGAAUAGUGAACCUGCAUGUUUUAUAUUGAGUGGGCAUAAGCUACAAAGGAAGAAGUUUCGGCAGGUUUUAAGGCAUUUGAAAGGACGAGUAUGCAGAGAUUCUCACCAGUGGUCAUAUCAGGCUACACAUUUCCUUGUUCCCGACCCUAUAAGAAGAACUGAAAAGCUUUUUGCUGCUGCGGCAUCUGGAAGUUGGAUUCUGAAGACGGAUUACUUAACGGCUAGCAAUGAGGCUGGAAGGUUUUUGGCAGAGGAGCCAUACGAAUGGCACGAGAAAUGCUUGAGUGAAGAUGGUGCAAUCAACUUAGAGGCUCCAAGGAAGUGGCGUCUCUUGAGGGAGAGAACUGGUCAUGGUGCAUUUUAUGGAAUGCAUAUCAUCAUAUAUGGAGAAUGCAUAGCCCCUCCUUUGGACACUUUGAAACGUGUUGUGAAGGCUGGAGAUGGGACCAUAUUGGCAACUUCACCCCCUUACACGCGCUUUCUCAAAUCAAAGGUCGAUUUUGCCAUUGUUAGUCCCGGCAUUCCACGUAUAGAUAUGUGGGUUCAGGAGUUCCUAAGACAUGAAAUACCUUGUGUAGUAGCCGACUAUUUGGUAGAGUAUGUCUGCAAGCCCGGUUAUUCCCUAGAACGGCAUGUACAAUAUAAUACCCAUGCUUGGGCUGAGAAGUCACUCAACAACCUAGUAAAUUGCAUGGAAGAGGUCGUUGAGGAUGUGAGAACACCUGAAAAUGAUGAUUUAGCAUGUACUGUGUGUGGGUCUUGUGAUCGAGGCGAUGAAAUGCUUAUUUGUGGUGACGAUAGUGGUUCGGCUGGGUGUGGCAUUGGUACCCAUAUUGAUUGCUGUGAUCCUCCACUAGAAGAUGUUCCAGAGGAGGACUGGUUUUGCACAGAGUGUAGAAAGAAGAGAGCAAGUAUUAGAAAGAGUCCUAGAAAAAGGCCCUACAAAUCUAAGAACUAA